CACACGUGAGGCGGCGCCGUCGUUGCUCUCCUCGCUCGGUGCGCGCCGUCCCGGUGUGGUCCCGCCCCGCCGCCCAUUGUCCCCGCGCCAUGUGACCGCGGGCGGUUACAAAGCUCGUUCUCCCGCCGCCCCGCGUGCUGAGUCACGGCGCCGCUCGGUCCCGCCGCAGCGCUGAGGCUCCGCCAUGGGGACGGAAGGCGCCCGCGCCCUGCUGGAGAGAGCGGGCACCCUCAACUUGCAGACCGGCAACCUGCUGAGCUGGGGCUGCGGCCGCAAGAAGUGCCCCGCCACCCCCAGCGAGGAGGUGCGGGAAUGCAUUCAGAAAAUACUGACUGAAUGGAGCUCAAAGGUUGGACAAGAUCAGAAUCAGGAAAUGGUGGAGGUUCUGGACUGUACCAUAGCUCAAGCUGUAGAAAAAAUGAAUCCUGAAGAAAGGGAUGAACUGAAAGUAUCGGCAAAACUUUUCAUUGUUGGAUCAAACUCCUCAUCGAUCAGAGAUGCAGUUGACAUGGCAUGUUCUUCCCUUGGAGUUGCUCAGUUAGAUUCGGUCAUUGUUGCCCCACCUCCCGUUGAUGACGGAACAAACCUCUCCUUGGAGUAUCUGCAGCCUUAUUGGCAAGAACUUGAAACUCUAGUUGAAAACAAGAAGAUUGUUGCCAUAGGCACCUCUGACCUUGAUAAAACACUUCUAGAGCAGCUGUAUGUAUGGGCACAGGUGAAACCAAGUAGCAAUCAGGUGAACCUUGCUUCCUGUUGUGUGAUGCCGCCUGAUCUCACAGCAUUUGCAAAACAGUUUGACAUACAGCUGCUAACUCACAAUGACCCGAAAGAAUUACUUUGUGAAGCAAGUUUUCAAGAAGUUCUUCAGGAAAGCAUCCAGAACGUCAAAGCGCAUGAAUGGAUUCCUUUAUGGGUUCUGCGAUACUCAGUCAUUGUUAAAAGCAGAGGAAUUAUCAAGUCCAAAGGCUAUAUCAUGCAAGCUAAAAGAAACGCCUCUUAAAAUGCACAGUCUUUUUUUUAUUCUUGAAGUGGCCUGCUGUUUUAAUCUGUGGGGGUGGGAGGAACACGCCUUUAUCAUAGAGAGACUUUUGCAUCAUUUAUAACAAAGACCAAAAGUUGUAAUUAUUGAGUAUGAUGUCAGAAGGAGCUCCUGCAGGGUUCCCGUGAUAUAUUUUUGAUGUACCAACCAGUUCAUUAAGAAUGUUUUGGUUUUGCUGUGGAAAUGAUCUGUAAAGAAAUAGCUUAAAAUCUUUCUCUUUAAGACCAGCUCACUGUAGAAGUUGUCGUUAUAUUUUAGCUGCCACUCGGCAGUGCAGAGAAACAUAUAUUUUUAAAGUUAAUUUCUCUUUAAUAUUUACUAAUCUGGUAGGAACCUGGAUUUCACAUAUUCAAAGAGUGAUUUUUAUAGAAAACUGCCAUCUUGCAUGGAAAAAUUAUUCUAAAUAAACUAUCUUUACUUUGUAUGUAUAUAGGCAGAUGAGCUGUUUGAUUUGGGUGGGUGGGGAAAACUGGUUUGUUUUUAAUACCAUGUUUUAAAAAAAAAAAGCAACCCUCUGAUUUAGAGAAGAUGCAUCUUCCCAAUAGUUGUGCUUUUUAUUACUUGAAUCCUUCUGUCUCUGUGCCUGUGUGCUUUUAGUACUUCACAAGUGAUGCCAUCUCCACUGUUUGGAGCAGAAAAUGUUCUAUGGUGCGUAUAAAAUUGGAACUGGAAACAAAUGAUGAGGAAUGUGUUAAUGGGAAAUCAAAUAGUACUUGGCUUGUCCUCAGCUCUGUGUGUUUGUUCUUCUAAUGUUUUGGAGCUAUGCAAUCUGGAUCAACCAUGUCAGAAGCAAUGGGAAACGUUAAGGCUGCCAAUGGUGUGAUCAUGUAAAAGGGAUGAUUGCUCUGAGGAUUGCGAAGGAAACUGCCUUGUGUGGGUGCCAUUCAGAAAUGAAGCCGACAAAGAUUGUCUUAGACUUAAAUAUAUAUGUUUGACAGUAGCUUAAUGCUUUGGCUUUGGAGUCUUAGGGAGAGAUGGCUGCAUCUAAGGCCGGUUUAAUGUGCUCAGUUGAAAAGGCCUUUAAAUUUCCUUAGCAUUUAAAUCAGAGUAGGUGACAAAAAAGCCUGUUCAGCGGGGGCUCUAAGAGUCUAAAAUCCAAUGCUCAUUUUCCUCUGGAUUUCAGGUGGGAGCUGCCAGUACUUCUUACUAGUAUGACUUCAAUUAUUUGUACGUAUUUGUUUUGAGCUUUGGAUUGUGAGGAAACAAAUGUCCACCAUCUUCUGAACUCUGGUGUGCAGGCAGCAAGUGGAGCCUGGACGCUUGUAGGCACUGUGUGGGAAUAUCAGCUCACUAUGAACCAUUCCACUGAGUUACAGUAUGAUUCUUGGCUCGGGUAUCUUUGAGUUAUUCAUUAUCUUACAUGUAUACAAACCCUAGGAGCACGUGGAUUUCUACUGCUGCUUCAGCUGUUUUGAUGAGCAAGAAGUAGAUAACUUGAACUAGUAAUGCAUCAAUAAAACAUUCUGUGGUUUUGGUCCUUCUAAACAAAAUGCAGGGUUUGGGUUUUUGUUUUUUUAAACAUUGGGUCAGUGUGUAUCAGGUCUGGAAAAGGUGUUUCCUUUGUGCUUUGUGUGCGGCUCUGAGCUGCGUGCUGCUGAUCGACCACUCUGAAUUGUUUGUGCUGCUGUUAUUGGAUCGCAGUGCUCAGUUCAGUACGUGGGAACUCCAUAAAAUGAUCCAUGCAGGAGCAGUGUGCACGUUGCCCUUGUGCUGUGAUCAUUUACUUGCUGGUCAUCAGCUGCUACAAGUAGUUCUCUUGCUUUAGGAAAACGCCCUUUGAGACAAUCCUGUUUUUGUGAUGUCAUUGCUAACAUAAUGAUUUAUCAGCUGUUCAAUGUUACCUUCUGUGCAAAAUGUGAGGUGGGAUUGCUUUCAGAGACAAAUCGAAUUAAAAACUGAAGCUCCUGUA